UAUGACUAUGGAGUAGCUUCAACUUGCUUCAGGGUUUAUGCCAAUUAAUAACCUGAUCAGAUAGCUGCAAGCCUGCAAAUUAAUAAGAAAACCUACUCGACAAUGACGGAUAGCAACAGAGUGAGCUACUUGGUGAUAACUGAUUAGGACGGAAUGCAUUCUAAACGACUAAUUAAAGGCAGAACAAAGUCGGUAAUUGAUGCAGUUGUCAGCGACUGGUUCGUAUCGCCAACGACUUUCCCUUCCAACGAGGCAACAACCCGAUCGAUCCCUUCACAUUUGGUUACUGAAUCAGAGAUUUAGCGAUCACGUUGUCGUCGAAGAUGAGGAAGCAGAGAUCGAAAGCGUACGACUGGCCAACGUCCUGAUGCUUCUCUCGCGCGGCGGCGAGGGGAUCAUCGACGUGUCCGCCGGCCGGUCCGCGUCCCCCGACCGGGUCUUCGAGUGCAAGACCUGCAACCGGCAGUUCUCCUCUUUCCAGGCGCUGGGCGGCCACCGGGCGAGCCACAAGAAGCCGAGGCUGUCCGACGACGCCCGCGGCGGCGAGGUCGGGAAGCCCAGGGCGCACGAGUGCUCUGUCUGUGGCCUCGAGUUCGCCAUCGGCCAAGCCCUGGGCGGCCACAUGAGGCGCCACCGGACCGGCCUCGCGGCGGCCGCCGCCGCGAGGUUCGACGCCGAGAAGAAGGCGGAGGAGAGGUUGAGGGGCUUGUGGUUGGACCUCAACGUGGCUCCGGCUGACGGCGAGGGGGGCGCUGUGACAAAUUUUUUGAGUUUGAGAGUUUAGAUUCGAUCGAUCGGGUCCAACGGCGUUAGAUUCUUUCCAUGGAGAUGGAGCUUGAUUUUUAUGCUCGUGAGAUUUAAUUUGUUGCUGCUCAGACUGGAUGACUGCGAUUGGAAGUUUGGAAAAUCUUUGGAUCACAAGAUAUGUAAUUAUUAUUUUGAAUAGAAUGAAGUCGUGAGAGUUUUGAUUUGUGUAUAGUUUGGGAUUUGAUUUGGAAUGUUAAAUGAUUUUUUUUUU